UUUUCCCCAGUUCAAACAGUAAGCACAGAAGUUUACCUGACAGCGACAAUACAGGAGGACUGUAACAGACGUUCAGAAGUUGCUGAGAAAUUUCCAGAAAUGGUGAGAUAAUCUACUUGAUCCAUAUACUGGAGUUUAAGGAAUACUGCCAUGAGAUUUAUCAUGAAAAGUGAAUCUUAAUCAAUCUGUUCUUGAAUCAAAUCUUAAUAUUUCUGUUAAAAAAAUAAGAUAUCCUGAACGAUCUUCAAUAUGUGACCAGCAUUUUAAUGUACGUUUUUUCUUGAUAUGUCCUUUUAGGCUUGUCAAAUUGCCUUGAGGUUUGGCUGCUCAUCCGCCAACACUGUGAACACCAGGUAAGGUACAGUUUGUUGCUCUACACUGAAACAACAAAUGCAAACUCAAAUUUGCCUUCUAGUAGGGUAGAGGAGCUUUAUUUCAAUGUGUUGUAUUUUAGCUGUAAAAGUGUUUUUUCUGCUAUAGCAAAUCUUAUAUAAUACAAGUUAAUUUAUGUUUGAAGUAUAUUGUCUUUAAUAUUGUCUUUAUUUACCUUGGUUUAAUACAUUGGUUAAAUCUCAAUAAAUUUUAACACUUACAAAUCACCAAAGUACGAAUGUGUGCGAUGAUACUCUUUGCUCUCUCUCUCUUCCCCCCCCUUAUCUAGGUGUGGCAGUGUUGUUCUUGACUUUAUGAUGAGGUUCAAUCAAACUGUAGUCGUCAGCAAUGUUUUGAUUGUCCUGUCGGAUGCUGCAAGGCAAGACAAAUUCAGAGGUUUCAAAGUCAAUCCAGACUCAAUUAAACAAGUUUUAAUACCCACAGAUGGCUCGGAAAGCACAACAAAAGGUAAAUUUUACAAAGAAAUUGUGCAAUGUUUACACGUAUUCUUCCGAAGAUGGACUCUUUAUAAUCGUAUUCCAUAUCUAUUUAAUUAAACAACUUAUUCUGUGACUGAUACACUUCCAAGUUUUUGUUUUUGUCGUUGUUGUUUUAUUUAACUAAACAAAGUCUUACUCUUAAAAAUUAUUUCAGAGAGAGUAGCACCUUACUCUUCCUUAGUACCAAGCCAAUUAGAGUUAACGUUUUCCGGUCAUGAACCUCAGCUAUGUAGUAAGAGCAGUGUAUCCACCAGGAUCAGUGUAAAUGUUGUUUGAAUGUUAUUUCAUCAAGCUUUGCAAAAUUAAUCAUUUUAGGUCCUGAGGAAUGUAACUGCCCAUCCAACAACGUCUUGUUAGCCGUAAUUGGGGUUCUUGCCUUCACAGUCCUUCUUCUAAUUAUUUACAUAAUCUGGCUACAUAAGAAAGGUAGGUAAAAAAUCAUAAUCUAUGUUUGGCUGCAAGAUUCUUUUUCACGCAAAAGCAAACUUUUACUCGCGUUUAAAUCAUUUGUAUUUUUUCCUUUCGUUCUUUUUCAGGCGCUGUAGGGAAACAGAGGUAAGAAUUUUCUGCUAGUUGGAUUGUGUCGAUAUAAUGUGCCCGAAAUGGUUUCAUCUUAACACAAAACUCCAAUAAAAAUUGAUGAAAUUCUUAGCGUAAUAUAAUUAUUUAUAUGCUUUAUCAAUUGUAGGACUUAUGAAGAUGAGAGACGUGUUUGCGACGUAAGUUACAGCUAAGACAUUGAGGUCAUGUUAGUGUGACCAGAAAUUAUGUAAUCUUACUUUACCUCUACUUUCUAUGAGAAAAUAAACGCUUGCAGCAAAUGAGAAGGAAAAAAUUUGUAGUUCUACAUAAAAAAAAGCAUAUUGCAUCAGUGGCAGAUACAAUGAAAUAAAAGAGGAAGUUAGGCUCGAUAAGGUCUUUGUCCCGUGAUCAUGUCCUUUACCAAGCCACUCCAUGGAUUUUCCUUCGAUUGUCCCUGGUUCAACCGCUUGGUUUCACUUCGCAGAUCGCUAAUUGGUCUGCACCCGGUUGAUAUUUGCUUUCUAAAUAAUAGAUUUCGUGCAUUUUGGCCGUUGUAUUUUCUUGCUGCCUUAUUUUCUAAACGUGAGUUUAGGAGCUUGGUACUGCAAGAGUUGUUUCGUGCGUUUAUUUGUCAAAAUAUUGGACUACCAAUCGACAAUCUUCACGUUGCAGUUUGUAGCUUCGACGAAUAUGCUAUGAGCCUCGAUCACUCUAUUGGACAUGAUAGUUUCAAAAGCAGAGAACAAAAUGUUAGUAAUAAUAAGGACAAGAGGUUAUAAACUAUUUAUAAUCUCUUAUCAAUAAUCUCUUAUCAUGAAAGAAUAUAAACAUUUGUCUGAUAAAAAUGGGUGAACUGAUUUUUAUAACCACGAGGUACUUUUUACUGGGAUUAAUAACAGAUUUGGAUAUGAAUACGUUAACAGUGUGUUGGUUUAAUAGAAUGAAACAUUAUUAGAAGAUAUCGAACCAAGUCUACCUGAUUCAAGAAAACUCAUCCAGCCUCAUGCGGAAUACAUGGAUCUCAUAGAAGUCAACAAAGAUGAUAGAAAAGCACAAAGUACCCCUCCAGGUGCUGAUUACGUGCCUCUUCAUCCAUUAACACGCUGCUGGGAAGUUCCUAGACAUAACGUGACCAUAGAAAAAAUCAUUGGUAAAGGUGCUUUUGGUCAGGUUGCCAAGGGAACAGCAGUAGGACUUCGAGGGAGUCCUGAAACGACCACAGUGGCUAUUAAGAUGCUUAAAAGUGAGCUCUUGUACUGUAAAUUGAAUGAGUCUUGGCCUACAGACAUUCAGGAAAUGUUACCGGGUUACUGUAAUUAUUUAGCUAUUUUCCAUUUCAUAAGUUACGUUGUUAUUCCGACAUUUCGCAUAUUAUUCUCGUUAACCAAAUUUUACUCCUUGUUUUUAAUGCUCCAGCAAACGCUACUGAAUCGGACAAGAGAGAUCUGAUGAAAGAACUUGACACAAUGAAACAGCUAAAACCACAUCCUUACGUCAUUAAACUUCUGGGAUGUGUUACUGAAUCUGGUAUGCUUUGGUUAUGCGGGUCUAAUUUUGCUGUACACAUUUUUCUUAUGAUUUACUUUGUAACGCUUUCUCGUCAUUGAUAAUUUGCCUCAGUGGAAGGGUGACCGCUUCGCAAUUGAGCAAAACAAACAACCAUCGCAUAAGGUAAUUUUAUCUUCUUUUAGCCAACACAGACGUUCCUGGAUUUACUGAUAGACUAAGACCGAAUAUUUGCCACUGAACAGAUCAUUCUGUUGUAGAAGCAGAAACGCUUUUUGAAAGGGAAUAAUUGGUCUGUACUUUCUUAUGGGACCGUCGCAUAGUUUUUCUUGUUUUCAUGCGAUUUCUUCAAAAGCGUUGACCAUGACUGGGCUAUUCAUCUAUUUCAAUUACUGCUUUUUUUUUUAAAGAAAGUAACAUAUCAAUUAAAUUGUUUAAUUUCUUCAGAACAGCUGUUGGUUUUGAUUGAAUAUGUGCCUUUUGGGGAUCUGCUGGGUUACCUGAGAAAGAGCCGUGGAUUAAAAGACACUUACUACAAAGACCCGGAUAUCAAACCACAAACAAAUCUGACGUCACAGCAGCUGAUGAAGUUUGCUUGGCAAAUUGCUGAUGGAAUGAGUUACUUGUCCGCAAAAUCUGUAAGUUAGUUAAAAACACAAAAGACAAACAAUUCUAAAACUUUCUCGUAAGGUCUAUCGUCAUGUUAAGCUCUGUCUGGCAUGGAAUAUUAUGUCUUCACAAGAUCACGCCUGGGAGAUGCAGACGUAUUCUUACCGUCUUGUCGAGGCUAUUUCUUUAGGGCCAGGAACCCUCCCGAUUUUGACGUCAUCAUAUAAGUUUUAUUUCAAUGCGAGAAAGGCGAUAUUUGUGCAUCGUUGCAAGUGUACCCCAUCGAAAUAAAAUAUCUGGGUUUUUCUCGUGUGAGCAAAGGCAGAGACGUGAAGGAAUAGGAUCUUUUAAGAUAUUCAGCCUAAACUGAGUGUACAACAAAUAUCCAUUUUAGUGACAAGGAAGAAAAGGAAUUAAAACUUCAACUUAAAAAAAUCGUCUUUGGUCGCUAAACUGCUUCAUUACAGAAUCCUAUUUCGAUUAAAAUGUUAAGGUAAGCGUUCUUUGAAAUGAUUACGUAUUGCAGAAAUAAAGUAGUUUGCUUCUCUUUGGAAUAUGGAGCAGUUAUUGUAGUAGUUUUAAUUUUCUGCCAUCUGGAAGAAAAAGAAAUACACACACCAUAUUAUGUUGCUAGAUAUUUCUAUUUUCCUCUCUGAACCAUUUCAUUUCAGUUCUUUUUCUUCUACAAUCGCUAAUUUUUGCUGUUACAUCAAUUCUUUCUUAGAUCAUUCACCGAGACCUUGCGGCCCGUAAUGUGUUGGUUGGACAAAAGGAAAUGUGUAAAGUGACAGACUUCGGAAUGGCCAGAGAUGUGCAGCAGGAAAAUAUUUAUGAACGAAAGACAAAGGUAAUCAAGAAAAAGGGGAGGUGAGGGCGGUAUCACAUUUCGUUCAGUUUAGUGAUCUUUGACAAUCAUUGUUGUGGUUGAGCUGAUAUAUUCCUGAUUUCAAUCAUGAAUUCCUUGGGACCCUAAUGAAACUAUCAGCCAUGCGUAUACGAAUACAAUUUUAAAUAUCACUAUUUCUGACUACUCGCUUCCUAUAAUUCUCGAGCUGUUUCACAAAGUGAUAUUUAAAAUCUUUAGGGCCGUCUUCCCGUGAAGUGGACAGCUUAUGAGGCCUUAUUGUAUGGUAAAUAUACCACCAAAAGUGACGUGUAAGUAUACCUGAUUAUUACCCGUAGUAGUUUAUCAAAAAUUUUAUCAAUUUUGAUCAGGACUUGAAUUUUAUGCUUUGUCAAAGAAUACAUUUAUUUUAUUCGUCGUAUAUACUGUUUAUGUCUAUAGUCACUUAAUUUAUAUUCGUUUGAUUUGUCUUUCUGCAGAUGGAGUUAUGGAGUUUUGUUAUACGAGAUUUUCACCAUAGGUAACAUCGAAUGGAAUUUUAUGAGGCUCUGUAGAUGUUUUUUGCUUUAUACCAUGUUUAAUUCAACAAUGUAUCGUGUUCAGUUAGACAAACGUAAUGAGCUUCAAACUACAUCUAGUGACAAAGGUGGUGUGUCAUUGAAGGUCGUUUUUUUGUCACAUUUAUAUUUCGAUGGUCUUUUGGUUCUUCCAGGCGGUUCACCUUACCCACGAAUGGAUGGAAGAAAAAUUGCAAACUUACUCCAGGAUGGAUACAGGAUGCCUAAACCACAACACGUCGAUGAAAAAUUGUAAGUUUUCUUUAUUAACUUGUUCUCCCUCGUCGUACAAGGAAAAAUUUUUUAAAUCUUUAACAGAUUAUUUGAAUAAUACCAGGUAUCAAAUCAUGAUGAAAUGCUGGAAGAAUGACCCAGACGCAAGACCAACUUUCACUGAAUUGAAAAAUCAGCUUAAGGACAUGGAAACCCUACACAAGGUCAGAAUUUUAUCAAUAUGAGAGUUUUUUUUUCACGUAAGACCGACUGGCUUAGGCUUAGCUAAUUAGGGUUAAACGUAACAGCAUUGAGCCUAAAUAGCGUAGUAAUAUGUACUCAUCUCUGUACUUUUUACGAAGUCUGGAAUGCAUCUUUUUGUUAUGUUACUGAAGCUAGCACUCCACGAAAAACAUCAAAGAAGUGAACUUGAAUGUCUCAAUGACAAUUAACACUUGAUGGUUAUUUAAAAGAUCAUAGGAUGAUUGCAAAACUGCAUUGAGACGCACAAAGAGUAGCAGACGACGACGCCAUAAAAUACUUCCUCCUUGAAUUUGUUUUGGUGUGAAAACUUGACCACUCAUGAGGAUAACCACUUAAAACUUUUUUAAUGAUGCUGAUUAUUAUAUUAUUUUUCUCUACAGAAGCUAAUUGACAUGAAAAUGUACGACAAGCAAUUGUAUGCAAACGUCGAGGAUUUAACAGUGUAGUUAGAUACACGUCCACGGUGUAUGACUGGCUAACAUUUUGAACACUUCGCCUAGACAAGUUUCAGGGAUUAAUCAUCGUUUCCUUAAAUGCUUACUUGGUAGAAAUAGCCAUGUUGCGUUUAGCAGUUAGGCUGGAACGUUGUAAUACGGUGGACUUUAUAUUCUUAAACGCUAAAUGCUUUUAUAAGUUUACUGAUAAAGUUUAAUCUCAUUUUCUCUUUAACAUACUAAGUACUUACAUAUAUGCCUCGUCACAAGCGUUUGAGUUCAGCCUAUUUUCUGGCUCAAUUCUGAGGUGAUGAUGAGAUCUCGCUCUGAAAGCCAUAGUUGUGUACAAUUUUUAUAAAUUUUGCCGCAAAACCCGCUUGUUUUCAGGAAAGCUAAUCGUGCGCAUAAAUUGCUUUCCCCAAGACAGCCUUUACUUGCGAUACCAACUCGAAAUACUUUUAUACGGAAUUCUAAUCAAAAUUGUACUUGGCACAUUACUUCUGCAAGAAAGUUUGUUGUUUGGCCUAACAGGCCGAUAGUUUUCGCGUACUAGAUACUAUUGCUCAACGAAACUGGUUGUAGGUACGGGUUGAAGUCUUUUUUUCUUGGAUACGUUGCUAAUGUAAUAACUUUAAUUUUUUUUAUAUAAUAAAAGUGUUGAAAAGUUCUGAGUUGACUCUGUCUGCAUGAUGAUGCCGUACACGAGUUCCCAUAUUUCUCUCCACGACAUUGAUCUAAUAAAUCUUGACCCAUCUCUGUAGAUCUCUCCUUUGAAGGAAGGACAAAACCAAACCAAAGUAAAAGAGCUUCAGGAAGUGCAAAAAAUCGCUUGUACGUGUUUCAGGAGACUUACAUCCAGGAGACCAUGUUCUCCGGUCACUCUCAGUAGAGGUUAAGAGUCCAUCAAUCUUACAUAAUUAUAAACUAGGUUACCUUUUGAUCAAAACCCUUCUUUCCUCAGCUGAUAUAAAUAAUUGUACUAGAAACAGUACCUAAUAUUAAAAUAACCCCUUUAGUAUGGAGUAGAGGAUACCUGAGGAAUAGUCUUAACAUUCAAAUGAAGGAGAGUUUAGCGUCUGUUUGGAAAUAUUCCCUAACGUUAUUUUGUUUCUGAGGGCAAAAUAAUGCUUCAGCAUACAGAGGAGAGGGGGUGAAAUGGAGGGGGGAAGGGGGGGUGGUCGUAGCUUUGCAAAAUGAAUUCACCGAAAUUUUCAUAUAUAAUUUUUUUGAAGGUUUUUGCUGAGAAGAAAAUGAGUUUUAUCCUAACAUUUCUGCAAAUGUCGAACUAUGUCAAGUUUUCUAUUCUAAAAGACAUCACGAGUCCACCCCUGAUGCAAAGAUUGUGUCAUUGGUGAGCUAAGUUGUAGUCUGUGGUGGGAUAAGGAAAGUUUACUAAGGAUAAUUACUUUAAUGCUUUUAAGAGUCGCUCCUUGGUAAGAAUAUUACACGUUGUUUGAUAAGGUAGUUGGGUUUGUAGGAGUAUCAUAAGUGUUCUUUCUGUCGGUUAAAUCAUACCUUAACAGCUGUGUUCAGCAGUUAAUAAUUGAUAUUCUCUUACAAAGUAUCCAAUCACAACGAGAACCCUAUCCUCUUCUCUUGCACUUUGAUAGGGGUUUACGCUGCUAGUCGUGAGUCACUUAGAUUGCGGUUCUCCCGAGAUAGGACAUAAUCAACUAACAAAAUAAUUAGUAACCGUUGCAGCUAUCAAAUGGUUGGCAUUCAGCUUUACAUAGAGACAGAAACUAUCAAACGGCCUUUUAGUCCAAACUGAUUUGAGGUCUACUCUGAUUUCGCUUUUCAAUUCAUUCUGCUUUCUAUCGAGAAAGAACGUCAUAAAAUUGUGGCUGAUUAUCUACAACGAUUUCUGAGAAGAAUAUCAUUAUUUCGUUUUUGAUCAUCAUUUUUUUCAAACCCAAAAGGUCUACACCAGUGCCUUUUAUUAAAUGACUCUGUUUCACUUGUGUUACGUAGUCAAGUGUGCAGAAAGUUUACGUAGACAUUAUACAUACAAUAUUCCUACAUAUUCCUUUAAUUUUCAUUUUCCUCCACCGCGAGAUGCUUUCUCUGACCAGAGGUCCGAGUCUGUUGGUCAUCAAUACCAUACAUUCGUCAAACACGGUGGUUAUUCCUUCCACCACAUUCUUCGCUGAAACGACAGCUAGUUCUAAAAUCGCAACAUAAAAAGCGAUGCGACUAAACGAUGUCGCACUGAAUUAUUGGACCUCCCGCCAAGCUCAAAGGAUCAAACCCUUAAUUUCAUUGAUACUGAGAGGUCGCGUACAUGCUCUUCACUAAACUCAAAGGGUGCCGGUGAUUUUUCUUUUUCCAAAUCAUGAAAAAUCAAUCUUGAAUUCUCAUUCUUAAAAGUUUAGCACAUGCUAUGUGUAUGCUUGACAUGUCAUUUAUAAAUCAGUAUCAGCAUGACCAUGCACACUAACGUAAACAAUGGAACAGAAUGUGAUGUUCUGGAGGGAUGUUACUAAAAACGAUAAACGAUGAACGAGGAGGGAAGAACGGAGAACUUGGUCUUUAGAGUAAUCUGCUAAGACGGUAAAUUAAGCUGUUACUGAAGCGUUUGACUUGAAAUUUGACUUCAAAAGUUUAGUUUGAAGACGAUAGAAAUUGCAGGUGAGCUAGAAAUUGGGUAUUUGCAUCUAUUAGAGAAUCAAUCUUUCCGCCAUUUAUCCUUUCUAAAAGCGCCUAAAUGAAGUGAUUUUUUAAUCUGGAGAACUCAAACAAAGAGUAGAACAAAAAUUAAAUCACUUUUGGUUCGCAUUUACAUUAGGCGAUCAAGUGGGAAGCCUUUGUUUUGCCAUAGUGUCUUGAACUAAACGGCAAACACCAAAGACCCUAAGCAAAGCAGAAAACAAUCAAACAAGGACAAUGAUUUUAUCUAUCAUAUUUUGCCUCUACUUCUCAGUGAGUCAACAAUAUUGAACACAAAAACUUCUGUGCACUGUAAUCUAAAUAUUUUAGGUUUAAAAGUGAAUAACAGCUGAAAGUCUUUUUGGGUUUACCUUUCGUCGUGAAAGCCGCUGGUCACGCACACGUCGAGGAGUCCACAAACUUCUUGAAAACUGCUAUCUAUCUAUAUAAUAUAGAUUUAGCCAAGCCUAAAAGCGGAGCUCUAGUUAGGUUAUUUUCCAGCCCUUCAUUAUACUGAUUAAUAAAACUCUUCAGCACAGAUUGUAGAAGAGUUUCCUCAAGGGGAUUUAGAGACCAGAGGGCCCAGUUGUUCGGAGGCGGAUUAGUGCUAACACAGGGUUAAAUUUUAAUCUGGAUUUCUUUACUCCUUUGUUCAAAAGCCUUUUUGGGAUCAUUUCCUCUAUUCUAUAUCAAGCAUACAAUCAUCAGAUUCUUAUCAAAAAGAAUUAUACUGAAUUUUUUUUAAAGCUUUCAGAUUUGAAAUCAGAGUUCACACUAACCCUUGGUUAUCUUAACCCAGCUUUGAACAACCCAGCCCAGUCCGGAAGUUGGGGAGGGGGGAAAUAAUUGACGAAGUCUGGAACCUGGGGACGAUACUCUCACAACUUGCAAGGCGAUCAACACGCAUGCUAGUCAGCGGUAUCUUUAAACAGCCUGAGAUCCUCGUUGUUGUUCCUGAUGUUUUGAGAAAAUUUUCGAAGAUAGAGAAUGUUUUCCUCUUCAGAUGAAGUGUAUGAUGUCAGGAUCAGUUACAAUUAUAUUCUAUUGAGCGUGACUUAUAAUUGCAGUUUGGAAAAUUGAGCUUUAAUAACUUUCAUGCGUUAAAAUAUAAACAAUUUUCUCUUCAUCUAUGUGCCCUAAACAUUACAGGGGAGGAGGCACGUCAAAGAAAAAGCAUGAAUUAAAAAAGGAGGGCCCCCAUUGAUUUCAGUCCAAAUUAAAGGAAGAUUCUUGCCUUUCCAGAUUAUAGCCCUUUAAAACUCCCGUGUCUUGAAACCAAUUCCGUAUAUCAAAGUUUCGUUUAGGUAUAAGCAUUGAUAAGAAAUACCAUGCAUUAAUGAAAGCUUGAGAAAGAGUAUUUAAUGCAAUCGAAAUAAUGCUACAUGUUACAUAAUGUUACAUGUUACAAUGUGGUAACUUACACAGCAAAAUUAUAUAAUCACACAAUUCCAGACAAAGGAAGUCAGGUUAUUGACUCACCUGCUUCAACUUUGAGGGAUUAACGUACAGAGAAAUAGAUAUGGCAAACAGUUACAAUUUAUACAAAGUUGAAAGUUUUAAAGCUAAAAGAUAUACAUUACAAUCAUCAAACCCUAUGCAUCCUAGCAAAGAAAGGGUCAAUUACCACCAUAACUUCUCCCUAACCUUAUGUUACGGGAAAAUUUACUGGUUUUUCUGUGUGGUUGUUAUUCGGAACAUAUUUACUCGUAAACUUCCACAUUUGGCCAUUUCAAAUCCUUUCAUUUUAGUAAAUCAAAAAAUAUAUAAAACCACAGUAGCUUUUGGAAUAGAUUUUUGUUGUUACUCGCUUUCAUCAUAUGAACCUGCCUGCCGGCACUUUUGUUAUUUAUUACUGGUUUCUUUUAAGGUAAAUAUAAGUGCUAAUGGUCUUUCUGGAAAAAAAUUGGUUUUCAUGGUAGUUAGCAGCUGAGUUUAUACUCGUAACUUUAAUUUCUUUUCAUACGAUAGUUUCCACACCAACCUUGCAUAGAUAAGCAGAAACUUUUAAUUGCUUUUCCGUUUUUAUUUCCUAAGCUGCGCUACUGCAAAUAAGAUAGGUAUCGUUUUCUAUAUCAGAGCUGUGAAUUCGCACCUAAGUUUCCUACUUUAAUGGCCUAAAGUUUAUUUCAUCCGUCUUUUUAAUUUUGAGGUUCUUUCCGUCGUAGAAACAGAUAGAAUAUUUAAGUAGUUUUCGUUUAACUCCAAAGAGACCUUUUUCCGCUCCUUUGUGUCCCUAUUCAAAUAUUGCGAUCUGUGUAACAAUAACACCUCACACCAGUUAGUUCUUAAGCAAGUACCUUGUACAGCUUUGAUGAUUACAAACUUGAGUACGCUAGAGGUCAUGUCGCUUGUUGGCCUGACCUAGAAUAACAGUACUGUGGAACCAAAGAUUGUCUUAUUCUUGAAGUCCGUACAAACUCACUCGAAGCAGAUUUCCGUGUGCUAGGAAACCGUGACGAGUUUCCGUUCUCGCUGCAAAGUGGUCUCCACCGAGUUAUUUCCCCCAGUUGUUAUUGUGCUGUCCGCGAAGAUUCAGUUUCCCAGUUUGGGCGCGAAAACUUAUCGUCACACUUAAUGCUUACAGGAAAUCAUUAAUUUUGUCAUUAAGUACUGUACUUACAAUAGUUCUACCAACACAAUAACAUUUUUCUAAAGUUAUCUCACUGCAUAUGACUGAACAGGUCAUGUGGAAAGUUCCUGUGUGGAGACUGACAUUUCAAUUACUCCAGCAAACUGUAAUCGUCAGAACUGCAAGCCAAGGUUAUUUACCAAGUGCUCAAGUUUCCAAAUUAGUCACCUAAUUGUUACAGUGGAGUUCACUCCUUUUUGAGGCUUGAUCAUCUUGUUACAUGUGAAAACAUCAAAUUUUAAAGGAAAUGAUCACCAACCGAAAAAGCUCUUGAUUGUUAAACAAAUUUUCCUUGUUAGCACCUUAGGAAAUGUAGAGACAGUAUGGAGAAUACGCAUACUGAUGUUAGGGUGUAAAGGAUUAAGUGUGAUUUUUUUGAUGACGUGUACUUUUUCUUAUGGACAUCUAAUUUUAGUAUCUUUUACAAGCUGAUAUAUGAGAAAAAUCAAGUCCAAACUGGUAAUUUGACACAUUGCAGGCAAACCCUACAACUGAUUAAAUUUUAUUUGAUCAAAAACAUGAAGGGCCAUUUUCAAUAGGUUUCCUGGAAAAACCGGAUCAAGGAUCACCGGAUCACCAGAUCAAGGAUCAAAGAUCACCGGAUCAAGGAUCAAGGAUCAAUUUCUUUUUUUUUUUGUCACCAGUAAGCACAGCAGGCAGAAUAUUUAGUCCCACACUUUUGAUCACUUCCGACAAAGUAAAGGACCUUGACGUUUGCCGAUUCUCUGUUUCUCGAUAGCUUCAACAGGGGAACCGCACCAACGGUUAAAUAUAGUGUGCAAAAGCAGAAGUGCUUAAAAUAACGUAAUGUUUUUAAACUACCUUUUCGCGAACAGAUGAAAUAUCCAGCUCAAUUUCAAAGAGAAAACUUGGGAAUUAUUUAUAAGAUCGACUAAUGCUUGGGUGAAAAUGCAAAGAAGGGGAAAAUAAUGGCGAUUUCGUUGUCCAUUGGCUGGGUCUACAAAUUUUUUAGUGCAGAAGAAAGUUUUGUGUGAAUGGCAAAAAAAGAAGUUCUCUUUUCAUUUCUCUAGUGAAAGAAUAAAAUUACAGACGUUUGCGUUGUUUAUGCAAUAAAAAUCCCAGGAAACUACAUUGGAAUCAAGAAGAGAAAGUUUGUUAUCUAACUUGCCAUCAAACGUUCUUGGGGGUAGCGUGAAAGUCGGUGGAUGAGGGAAGGGCUAAAAAACAACGCCUGUCUGUCAACAGAAAGAGAUCUUGACUGAGUCACGUAGAUGAGCCAUCACUCAUGCCCGUUAAUUUAUUUAAUUUAUUUGAUUCAUUUUGAACUGAUCCUCGAUCCUCGAUCCUCGAUCCUCGAUCCUCGAUCCUCGAUCCUCGAUCCUCGAUCCUCGAUCCUCGAUCCUCGAUCCUCGAUCCUCGAUCCUCGAUCCUCGAUCCUUGAUCUAGUUUUUCCAGGAAACCUUUUGAAUAGAUCUAUUGUAUCCAGCGUUUCUCCUACUGAGUGGAAAUCCACAAAAGUAAUUCCUUUAUUUAAAAAGGGAGAACGUUCCGAUUUAAAUAAUUACUGCCCAAUUUCUAUAAUUCCUGUUGUGGCUGAGGUCUUUUAGAGAAUCGUAUACAAUCAAUUUUACGAAUAUUCAACUGAAAAUAAUCUAAUUUCUUGUGAUCAGUCAGGGUUUCGUUCUCUUCACUCAACUGCUACCGCCUUACCCGAAGCCACAGAUAAUUGGGCUUUUAAUAUCGAUAAAGGUAAUGUAAAUGCAGUGAUUUUUCUCGAUCUGAAGAAAGCUUUUGACACCUUGAUCACUCUUCAUUGCUAUCUAAAUUAAAAGCCUACGGUGUCAGAAGCAACUUGGCUGACUGGUUUAAUAAAUCUUACUUGAACAAUCGUACGCAGAAAUGCUUUGUAAAUGGCUCUCUCUCAGAUAGUCAACCUUUAACUUGCGGUAUCCCUCAAGGUACAAUACUUAGACUUCUCCUCUUUAUACUCUAUAUAAAUGAUCUACCGAACUGUCUUGUUAACUCACAUCCCAGAAUAUAUGCGGACGGAUGAUACUCGUUUGACCUUUGCCAGUAACGAUGUUGCCUAUGUGGAGGAAAAUAUGAACGAUGAUCUAACUAAAAUUACUGUCUUUUUAUCGGCAAAUAAAAUCACUCUUAAUAAGUCAAAGACUGAGUUUAUGUUGAUUGGUUCAAGGCAAAGGUUAAAUACUUUUAAUAGACUCCCGUCUUUUACUAUUGACAGUAAUUCUAUAAAAUAAAUAGAAUUUACGAAACCUCUUGGAAUAUAUAUAGAUGAAAACUUAACUUGGAACGUACCUAUCGAACAUAUUUCUAAAAAAAUUGCCUCCUGCACCGGCAUCUUGAAAAGAAGCAGAUCUUUUGUUCCUUUUGAAAUGCUCCUAUGCAUCUAUAAUGCCUUAGUUCAACCUCAUUUCGGUUAUUAUAGUGUCGUAUGGGGGAAUUGCAAUAAAUCUCUUUCCAUUGAACGACAAAAACUACAGAACUGCGCUGCGCGUAUUUGACCUCUUCUUCAUAUGAUGCCAAUGCGGAUGAUCUCUUUGUUAGACUAGGCUGGCAAAAACUUAAUCUCCAACGAGAGCAAUAUCUGCCUAUUCUCUUAGGAAUUGUGAAGGCAAAUUAGCUGUUCCACUCCCCCGCACCAAUUUUCUAAAAACAGUUUCAGCUAUAAUGGUGCGGUGAUGUGGAACAGCUUUUCUACCAAUCUGUGGCAAGCACAAACUAUUGCUAGUUUUAAAUCCGGCUGCAGGGGUUUCCUUUUCGAUAACAAAUAAGUUAAUUAAUCACACAGCAUUCAUGGAAAGCAGGCACUUCAUCAUUGUUUUUAUUUUGCUGUUAUUAGAUUUAAUUAGUAGUAGAUUAGUAUCUUAAUAAUGUAAUUAAUGCAAUUUUAGUAAUUACUUUAAGUCCUGAUGUUUUAUCCGUGUAUAAAUAAAGUUAAAUAAAUAAAUAAUAAAUAAAUACAUACCUUUCGCUUGACUUCGUCCAUGACAGCACCACACAAGAUCAGUCGUGUUUGCCUAUUUUUAUUAUGGUUUGCUUCACAUUUUAUUUUUCUGCACUCCAAAUUAGUCUUACACUCUUUUGAAUCACUUUUUUUCAAGAAUAGGUCCACAUUUACUUUUUUUCAUUUGGUCUUUGUAGUGUAUCAACAGAUUUAACACAAACAGUAAACAACACCUUUGAAAGGAAUCCAACACGUUGUUUUAAUUAUUAAAAUUGCAACACGCAUACUCCGAUAUUCAAAGAAGGGGGGUGGGGAGGGUAGACUUAAACAUUCACAAACAUUACAGUCUUGUACCUCUAGCUGGUAGGAUCUUAAGAGGCUUCAAAAAUACUACUGGCUGCUUUGCACAAUAUUUACUGUGGUUUGCUCCGAAGUUUACUUUUCUGCACUCCAAAUUAGUCUAACACUUCUUUGAAUCAUUUUUUCAAGAACAUAUUGACCUUUUUUUAUUUAGUGUUGUACCUCUAACUGCUAGGAAUUUUCAAGUCAGUUAAAGAAAGAAAUUCUGCCAUGUAAUCAUCGUUUAUGAAACAGAGGUAGAAAACACAGUCAUUAUUACUCCUUGGAAAGCAGAAAGGUGAAAUGGUAGACAAUCGGGACAGUAAAUCUCUCAUUGUAAAAUAGGAAAACUGACUGCUGUACUGGAUAGAGGCCCAGCGUAAAACAAGUAUCAGUUCCAGUUUUUUUUAUACAACCACAUAAAUACUGCAAAGGCAGUAACAAGAAAAAAUUACAAUGUUGACAACAAACUCUGAAUUACAGUUCUACGAUCACUGGCGUAAGUUACAAAUGUGUACCUGAUACCAGUCAGGAAAAAUCAUCUUUUUAUCUGACGAGGAAACCUGAACCUUCCCGAAUGCAGAGUCAGACACUGACCAUGAACCUCCAGGGAGGGAGGUUGAACUUAAGUAUAUAAAUACAAACUGCAGAUAAAUUAUGCACCACCCACAAUCACAUUGAAAUAUAUGCAAAGAAAAUUGGUGUAAAUUAAUAGAAAUGUAUUGUAGGAUACAAACAAAUCAGCAGCGAUUUCAGCUUAGAGGGAUUUGGCCCAGUAAAAGCCCUCGGACCAUUUGAUUUGUUUUGAAACAAAUAUACAUUCAAAUACAUAAUAAUGUUGGCUGCUCCAUAUUAAAUAAUUCGUUCCAUUUAAAGUUUCACCGCAGUUGAGUUUGUACAAACCCAUUUUAAGACGGAAACGGUGUUUUAAGAUUUGAAAUAAGCGCCCCCUCUCUAUUAAGGCCUGAAAUUAAUUAAGCUCCCCUGGCGGCUUAGUAGAGCUUUUACUGUAAUUCAUCUUUAAAGCGUUAUUGACUGGUAGUGGUGAUAUCUCACAGUCUCUUGACCUGAAGGUCGGCAAUUUCUACAAAAUGGACACCGGCACUUUAGAGACGGUCUUCGUUUUGUAGUUUGAGGCGGGUAAAGCUACAAAACGUAGACCCCAUUGAUUUCAAUGCUUUAGCGUCAAAUAAAACGUUUCAGCGAGGGUCUUCGUUUUGUAGUUUGAGGUGGGUAAAACUACAAAACGAAGACCCCAUCGAAUUCAGUGUUUUAGCGUCAAGUAAAGCGUUUUGGCGGAGAUCUUCAUUUUGUAGUUUGAGGUGGGAAAAACGGUCUUCGGUCUUCGGUCUUCGGUCUUCGGUCUUCGGUCUUCGGUCUUCGGUCUUCGGUCUUCGGUCUUCGGUCUUCGGUCUUCGGUCUUCGGUCUUCGGUCUUCGGUCUUCGGUCUUCGGUCUUCGGUCUUCGGUCUUCGGUCUUCGGUCUUCGGUCUUCGGUCUUCGGUUUGGAGACACCCAUUACGGUCGACACUGUUCACGAAGGGUGAUAGUGACACUCGGUCCCAGUCUCAAAAUGAAGAGGGGCCUUCUAUCCCUUCAAGGGACUUCCGUAAGGAUUUAGGCACAACCUUCCUCAUUGAAGCACCAGCGAAAGUCUGAUAAGAUGGUGUCUUUCCGUGAUUAUGAAAUUUACUUACUCUUUCUUCUGCUGGUAAAGUUUGACGGGUCAGGUACGUGUGUUCUCCCGUACAAAGGAUUUUACUGUGUUUUAAUUUUAAGCUUAGACACCAAAAACGCCGACCCUUUAUUUCUAACCGUGAUGUUUGUCAAAAUGAUUUCCGAACUCCAAGGUGGCUUUUAACAGUUUUUGUAUUUCAAAUUUAAGAUAUGUUGUUGGGAUUUCAAUCACGUGAUAAAUGAAGUCUGAAUAACCAUGAUGCGAUAGAAAUCAAGAGCAAAGGAUUGUAUGCUUCAAAUGUAACACUACUAUACGUUCAGAAUAUAACAUCAAAAUUGAAACUGAGCGGUGCACUCUUUUCUUGAUUAGUAUGAGUCGUAUUCUUAGCCACGAGAAAAGUUACUGCUUUGUCAGAUGGCUUUCCACUAUAAACAUGAUGGCUAUGCAAACCCAGGAAAGAGUUGCCGUACCUAAACUCUUUUCCUUGGCAUCCAUCACUCAUCAUUGGGAAGAGCUGUUAACAAUUUUUCCACUCAUUGGAUGGAUAAUUGAGCAUUAUUUGCUCAAUUACCUAGUACAUGUAUGAUAUGUCUACUGACUUGACCAGUUUUUAGCGUUAUGUACAUAAUGGUUGUGGUAUCCCACACCGGUAGUCUUGGGCUACUUAUUUUUGUUGUAUAUUUUUGAAAAGGGAAAGUUUUACUAGGACCAAAAUUUUUGAAAUGCAUGUGUAUACAUGUGGGCUUAUAAUAUAGUACACCCUGAUAUUUACUCCAAGCUAAAUUUGAAAAAAAAAAUUGAUUUGUAAAAGACCGCAAAAAUUCUGAUAGGUUGCAUGGUUUUUCUCACAAGUGAGAAAUGAGCAUCUGACCAAUCACAAGUUGAAGUUGAAAUUUUUGACCAGUAAAAACAAUAACAUGGGUUUUUUUACCCUUGUGGUGUGGGAGCUUGCCAAAGUGAAUGAAAGUGAAUGUCAGCAAUGUUUGCUGGUUGCCUACAACUGUAGAAUCAUGACUUUAGGGUUAAAAACAAGUAGUCAGUGGUUUGUGUAAACAAAUUAAAUUAAUUAAUGAAAAUAAUGUCAGAGAAAGCUGGAUUUUAAGAAAAUUGGUAAAAAUCUCUCUGAUUUCACCUCAUGCAAACUGAUCACUCCUCCAAAAUGGUAAAAAAAGAUUUAAAUUUCCAGGUUCUGACUCUGAUAAGAAAGCAUUACGGUCCACCUUUGUCAUUUCAUUUGUGCUUAUGUGAAUGACCAAAACUUUAUGUUUCAAAUUGGCACUAUAAUUCCCAUGGUAUUAACAAACAUUUUUCAAUCAUUUAAUUUAUUCCUCAUUUUUGUCUUUACUUUGUUCCCAGCAUGCAGUAAUCAUAAAUAUUGCUCCAUUUUCUGCAUAUAAAACACACACAACCCGCAAUUCCUCACAUUACUUAAAGUUCACAAUUGUACAAUUUUUAUAGACAAAAACUCACCUGUUCCCCGCUCAUUGUUUAAAUCUACACAUCUUGUGAAUAUAAAUCACAUGCACUCAUUAAAUAUGAACCAUCUAUAUUUCCUACAUCUCCCAACCAUAUUCAACCAUUUUCAGAACUCUAUUUUUUAUUUUUCAUGAAAGCUGCUUUGUUUAUUGAAACUAUUUUCUCAUAGUCUACCACAGCAAAGUGGGAAGUCAUUUUGUUGUCAUGCGAUGUUUCAAGCUGAUGUGAAUGGCUGGUGGCUAACCACCAAUGAGCUUGGCACUUAAACAAAUCCACCAUAAUUUUCCAUUGUCUAUUUAAAAAAUAGAUUCCAUGUUGUUCUGCAUCUGUUCAGUAAUAGAUCACAUGUAAUGUCAGAACAUGGUAAGUAAAAAAAAAGGGGCACAUAUAACAGCUAUUUAGCUUGUUCCAGGCAUUCAGUUAUGAAAAUGGAGCAAACUAGAUGCAACAGUAGUAGAGGAGUGAGAAAGCGAGGGAAAUAACAGCAAUGUACACUAGUGUUCUAUGUUUUACUCACUGAAUGCCUAGAACAAGUUAGGCGCAGAUGAGUGUGUCACUGAUGUUCUUCGCAUGUUCUGACGUCCUCUGUGAUUAACAACAGAGCCACAGAAACAUGGAAUCUAUUUGUUUUAUUAAUGAAGAAGCAAAAUUUAUCAAUGGUGACGUCACUAAUGGAUUUGUCCUCCACUAAAUCAUAAGUACAUGAAAGAACCAAUCAAAAUGCAUGUAGAAUUCAGCUUAUUAUAUAAAACCUCAUUGAUCAUAGAUUAAUGAGGUCAAAGAUAUUCAAAGCUAAUUAGGAGGAGCAGCUGAGUGAUUUCAAAACAGUUUUGAACAUUGUUGACAUCCUUUCCAUGGCCAAGGUUCUAGACAAUAGAAAAUUGUGGUUGAUAUCUUUUUUAUAACAUUGGAAUUUUUAUGUCAGCUUAAUGUGCUGAAGUUUCCGGAUAAUCAUGCACAUGUGACAUGAUUGAUCAUUGCAUUGUUGUUUUUGCUGUUGUUGUUGUUUUAACUUGUGUUAUGUGAUGACAGGUGAUUAUAGAGAUGCGCAUUCUCUUAUUGGUCAAGGAUUGCAUCAUAUCUUGCUAUAAUUAUAAUUACCAUGCACGGGUGAUUAUACAUGUAGUGAGAGCACUAAAUUUCAAAAUGGCUGCCCUGCAUUUUGUCAAAUGUUUGUGAGGAAGUAAUAAAAGCAAUAGUAGAAAAUUAAACUUUGAAGAGCAUGAAAGAUAUUAAAAGAUUAGCAGAACACUUUAUUAAACAAAGGGAUGAAGUUUUUGCUGAUUGAAUUCAAAAAACCUCUUAAAACUGUUGGCUCAUCUUGAUACAGGUAAUCAAUACAAUUGUAACAAAAUUUGGGCAAUGAUUUCUUUAUUAACAGAAUUUAUAGCAGAAUUUGGAAGCACCUGAGCAAUUACUGUAUACUUAAACAAUUAUUACACAAACCAAAUGCAUUAAACUAAUGUGUCUCUCACAUUUCUGAGAUCUAGAAAAAGUAAACAUUAUGGAAUAAAUUUGCACAAAUCUUUAUAUGCAGGGCUGAAAGUGCAUGGCUAGCUAACCCGACUUUUGGAAACAAUAGUGAUACUUUUACUUGGCAUGUGACACAACAAUCCUAAAAGGAGACAAGAAAUAUGCAUAGGUUGGAUCACAAUAAGUAGAUUAUGUCAGAAUGUUGAUGACACAAAGGUACAGAAAAAGUCAAAUUUUCAUCUUUCCCCUGUAUAAUGCUUUACAAUGCAGUGAAAGAAAAAUCUGAUUUUUCCAGGUAGAAAUUAAGGGUUGAAAGGUUAGUUAAUUUACCAUUCAAUGCUAUCAAAGCACAUGGUUGCUGUUUUGUAUUUUUUGUGACAGUUGCUUCGUUUAUUGAAAUUAUUUUCUCCUAGCUUAAUAACACAGCAAAGCAGGAAGCCAUUUUCUUGUGGCUAUAUAACCACCAGUGAGCUUGGCAAUCAAUUUAUACAAAAGCAUGUAAACAAAUCCACCACAAUUUUCCAUUGUCUGUUUAACAAAUAGAUUCCAUAUUGCUGUUCAUCUGUUCAGUAAUAGAUCACAUGUGAUGUCAGAAUAUGGUAAGAAAAAAAAAGUGGCACAUGAGAUCAGCUUAGCUUGUUAGCUUGUCAGUUAUUAAAACAGAGCAAAAUAGCAAACGGCCCAACAGAACUGUUUACUAUUGUACUAUUUUUUACUAACUAAAUGCACAGAGCAAGCUAGGUGCAGUUGAGUGUGUAACUGAUGUUCUUGGCACAUUUUGACGCCCUCUGUGAUUUAUAACUGUACAGAGCCUCAGCAACAUGGAAUCUAUUUCCCUUGCGAAAUGGCUUUUGGAAUUCCUAGGAAUCCUAGGAAUUCCUAGGAAUAAAGGUGUGAAUUUUCACGGUAAAUUCGGACUGGGAAUUCCUAGGAAUUCCCAACCAUAACAACUCUGGUUCUAAAAACCUAGAAAUUCCUAGAAAUUCCCAGAAAUUCCCAGAAAUUCCAAGUUUAUAGCCAACAGGACUUGGAAUUCCUAGGAAUUCCUAGGAAUUCCAACUCAGAGAACCAAUAACUUUCCCUGAAAAGCUGUAAAUCUAAAAAAUUCCUAGGAAUUUCUGGGAAUUUCUGGGAAUUUUUAGGAAUGUUUAAGAAUUACUGGGAAUUUUAAGCAAAAAUUUGAGGCUAAUGAUAUAAAAUAAAUACUUUAAAUUAAAAAAACCCAGCUAAAAUUCAAGUCUUCAAUGAAAUUUAUUUAGAAGCUUAAUUAAGGCUUACAUGUAAAAUAUUUUUGAUUAAUUACUAACAUCAAUGUCUGGUAAUAUUAGGAUGGAAUUUGAUUUAUUUUUCUUUUCUUGAAAACUUCAUACGGAUUAAUCCUCAAUUACAGCUAUUCAUAUAAAAUAGUUCUAAUCAAUCAUUAAAUUUGGUUUGACACAAAUUGUGAAUAAAAUCUGUUGAUUCUCUUCCAUAAAAUACAACAUCUUAAGUUAUAUUUAUAUAGUUAUAUUCUUGGGAGUGAAGGGGCUAAUUACAGACAAAUAAAAUUGAGUUUUUGAUUAAAAUCUUGUUGUAACUGUAACAAUAAAUUAGAAUGAAGUUAUCCUAAACUGCAAACUUAGCUGCUGUUUGUACUGUUUGUAUUUUUUUUCCUGGGCUCACAAUGAGUUGGCCUUGAAUGAGGUUGUCAACAAGAACCUUGAACAUUUUCUAUCUGGAUUCCUUGACAUCUGAAUUUGAAAAAAAAUAAUAAUUAUAUUAAAAUAUGUAUGUUUAAAGCUCAGACCAGGCUUUUAAGAUGGCUAUGAGGAAAAGGGCAUUCAUUGGAUUCUCAAAUUGAGAAAUCUCUGUUAUAUUGAGUGACUUUUAUAUUGGAGUUAGUACAUCUCUCUCAUGGAUUUUACUAAAAAAGGGCGGAAUACAUUAUUUUGUUUUUACCAAGGAGGGCUUCUUUAUGUACUAAGGUUUGUUAUGAAUCUUGAAUGUUCCCAAACGUGACUAGAGGAAUCUUGAAACCUUACUGAUAGGUUUAUUUCAUUGUAAAGCAUAAGCUUACGAAACUGCGACAUGCAAGUGACCGAUUCGAUUCUCAGAAUUAUUCUAGUUUCAGUUGCACCGAGCGUUAUGUAAGCUUAAUUCAACCCGCUACAUCUAUUCUUUUAUAAGAUUUUGAUCACGUAACGAAUAUCGCAAUUUUUACUCACCACAAACUUUCAAAAUCGUAGCUUUACAGAUGGCCACUCGACCCUUGUUUGUACCAGUCCAUAUGUCAACUGUUGUCCCUUCUUUUAACUCCACGGCGCCAACGACUUUCUUCUCUUUUACAACACUCACGCUAUUCUCGUUUUCCCAUUGAACCACAAUAAUAGCUAUCUUUAGAAAUGUUAUAUUAAGCAAAACAGUUGAGAAAAGCGAUCAACCGAUGAAAAGUACAUUUAAAGAUGAGCGCCAAAUGGAGUCUUCUUUGUUUCCGAUCACGGGCAUGAUCACGUGGAUCUUUUAGGACUUGUAAUUGGCUAGCAAAGUGAAUCAGCUGGCUUGCCGAUUGCAGUGUUAAGAGAAGCGCCCAACUUUAUUCUGACUUCUCCGACCGGUUCUCUGCUUCUAGAAGAUAGAUAGCUUGGUGAUAUAAAUAAAGAUGUGAGCUCACUCUAUGUAGAAAUAAUCGACAAGAAUCGAUCGUAUUACAAAUGCACGAUUUGUGGCCGAAAGUUGUCGAGGAAACAAAGACUCGAAACUCACUUGAGUUGUGUUAAUGGCAAAGGUGAGAAAUAACACAAGCCAAUCACUGUUUUGAAUGCGACUACAAAUCGUCUUUUACCCUCAUAUUUAUAAAAGAAGGAUACCACAUAUAGAGAUACAUAGAUGAUCCCAGUGUACCAGUACCUAAAUCUACAAAGCUUGACCGUAGCAAGCGUUCAGCAACACGUUCCAACACCGCCAUCUCGAUUCCUCAGUCAGUCGUUUCCACUGAACUUAAAGCAGUAUUGACAACAGAGUAGAGUGCGUCUUACAAAGGAGAAACAUUUGUACAAGAGACAGGAGUAGCUAUAUGCGAUUACAGAGGUGCGUUGAAACUCUGGUCCACAAAUAGUUAUGCACUGCCCGAAGUAUAAAACAAUUUUGUUGAUAGCUGACAGACAGAGAAGAACAACAAGUAAACUUAAGAGCUGUUAUUAUUGAAGUGUGACUAGCACUUUUCAUUUUUGUAGAAAGAAGGACUUGUAAUUUGCUCCAAAAAUAAAAAGAUGUAAUAUUUUUUUGGGAGAUCCAGUGAUUGGGACAUUUAAGAAAUUAAGUUAUGAAAGGAAACUUGGUUGGUACUUCUCACUACUAACAAGUCUUGUUGACAAAUAUUUUCAGAUCAGAGUUUCAAAUAAAGUAAAUUGAAGACGUCAUAUAAAAGGUGUUUUUCCUCAAAGGGAACAUUGACUACCUCUGUCUUGUCUGCACGCCAAAUGUUUGCAAAGUGUGUGGAUGAUCCACAAGUAUUGGAACUCGUACAAAAAUGUUUUUUAAGAAUAAAAACAGCAAUUUUUAAAACAAAUUACAGCAAUUAGUCAUGAAAAUAGAGCAAAAAACUGAAAAAAAAAGCAGCAACAACAAUCAUGAAGAAAGAAAGAUUAAUUAGGUGUUGAAUUUGUUUGUCUAAGGCAUGAAAUUUCUACUAAAAGUAUUGUCAACAAAAGGUCUCUGACAGCGUUUGAGGCAACUGAGCUUGACUGUUCCAAGGUUUUCUAACAAAGGCAACCAGUAAUGUAGGUUAGGGAAGUAAGAUAACAAUGUAAUUAUUGUUAAUUAUUGUGGAAGUUGGCAAUUUCCAUUUAACAUAACUGACAGCUGGUUCAUGAGAAAAUCCAUAUUAAUGUAAAGAUUUACUAAAACUUAGUUUGAGUAAUAAAUUUCAUGAUCUUUAAGUUAUAAACAUGUACAUGUAUGUAUAUCUCUUGGUGAGUUUUUUAAGGUAUAGCAUACCUUUUAUUAAGCCAAAGUUUUAAGCCUCUGAAAUUACUCUUUUUCUUAAAACCUUCACAUUUAAGGUAUUGAGAAUUUCUUAGAAUUUAUGUGGACCUCAGGGUAUUAAAAUUGCCUCAAAUUCAAUUCCCAGAAAUUCCCAAGAGUUCCACACUUCUUAAAUUAUAGGUAGUUUGUAAAACUGAGAAUUCCUAGGAAUUCCUAGGGAUUCCAAGUCCUCACAAAACUGGAGUCUUCCUUUCCCAGAAAUUCCCAGUAAUUCCAAGCUUUUUAAAUCAGAGUUAAUUUGCAUAGUUGGGAAUUUUUGAGAAUUCCUAGGAAUUCCUAGGAAUUCCCAGAAAUUCCCAGAAAACUGGGAAUUCAGUUUGCAAGGGUCAUUUGCAUAAUUGGGAAUUUUUGAGAAUUUCUAGGAAUUCCUAGGAAUUCCCAGAAAACUGGGAAUUCAGUUCUUCAAUGAAGAAGCAAAAAUUAUUGUUGUUACUUCUUACACUUAAAGUGCCUUUAUGGUGGACUCUAUUUAAGCCCUUCUUCUUAAAUAUAAUCCUUAUGUAUGUAUAUAACUAAAGAGCUGAGAAUUGGAUGUUUAUGGUUGUCUAUUUAGGGGGUGUGGAUGUGAAAUUCACCCAGGAACCUUCUGAUCCAAGCUACUUCAACAAUGGUAGUGAUGCCAACCUGGUGUGGAACUAUGCUGGUCCACAUAAUAAAAUUAGAGGCAUUGUCUACAGUGUUCUGGUGAAUGGUAAAUUUGAAGCAAUGAUUUUUAACAACAGCCAUGGUGUGCAAGAACAUCCUAGUAUUCCUUCAUCGUACAAAGAAAGAGUUAAAAUUGAAGGAAGAGCUACCCUGAUUAUCAAGAACAUCAGCCCUAGAGACAAUACCAAAUUUAGAUGUGUAAUAUCAAAAAACCCUGCAGGGGAGGUUAAAAGCUCAGUUAAGCUUAUUGUGGCAGGUACGUAACCAUUAAUAAUCAAACACAAACCAAAUGCACUCAACUCAUGUUUCUCAUAUUUCUGAGAUCUGGUGAAAGUAAACAAUAGCAUAAAUUUGUGUAAACCUUUAUAUGCAGGGCUGAAAUUGGCUAGCUAACCCAACUUUUGGGAACACUUAAGUGCUACUUUUACUUGGCAUGUGACACCACACUCCUAAAAGGAGACAAGAAAUUCCACCUUUUAAUUUGCUGUUUCUCAUCAGUAAGAAGUCAAAGAGUUAUGACUUUAUGCUUCUUGCACCAACUACUGGGUUGCUCUUUGAUGCAUAGAUAUAUGAGUGCUGAGAUUUUCUCUCAGCAAAGUUUUCAACUAAAAAUGGUCAGAAAAAACUAGAAACAAUGCAACUGGUUGUACAAUUUUGCUAGAUCAAAAUAUUGCACGACCAAUCACAGGCAGCUGGUACAAAAAAAAUUAUGUGGCUUUUGUAGCCUUUUAGAGUGACUUGCCAAAGGCAAUGAAAGUUGGCAUUGCAUUGUUUGCUGCUUUCUGAGGAUUAUGAUCUUCAAGGUUUACAGAUAUAAAUUUAGUCAACAGAAUGGUGACUUCCUCAAGUAAUUUUCUGACACCAAGGUGCAAGGCAAGACUUGAAAGAGCAAAAUUUCCUUUAAGUUAUGAAAGCAAUAAACCAUCAGAGUCUAUAAUCCAAGCUCUUUACGCUGCUUAAAAGAAGCUGAGCUUGUAAACAGAAAAUAAUUUCAAUGAUGAUUAAUGUGGCCAGGUAGGAAUGCUAUUCUUAGCAGAUGUUGUUACUUGAUGCUUCCUCUUUACCCUCUUGAUUGAGAUAUAUACAGACCUAAUGGAAACCUAAAAUUGAAAGUACUGUAAAUAUACUUAAGAAUACUUGAAUCUCAAUGGAUUGGUCAUUUAAGUCAUAAAUGUGACUUCUUGUUCCUUAAAAGCAAUGAGAAUUACAGCUGCGAAAUGGAAAACAAACUUUCUGAAUGAAUUGAAGCUUUGUGACAUGUGAUCAAAUCCACCCCCUGUUGUAAAUCAUUUGCAAGGUUUGAUAUAUCUGCAAAGUAUUGUCUAACUUUUUAUUUCAAGAAUUAGAAACAUAUGGAAAAAGAAAAAUUUGCCAAUAUUGAAUUUGCAAUUGUGGAAAGCCAUUUGCAAUCAAAAAGAACCCAAAGGCCUCUAGAAGAUGUGAUGGGUAGUCUCUCUCCUUUCAUCUCUACCAAGAUGCUGAUUGUCUGUUUACAUGUAGAUUACCUUUGGACAAAAGGUGUGACAUAAAGAAUGCAGUCUAUUAUGAAACAAGGUACUGUUGUGGAGAAGUGUCUGCUCCUGUCUGCUAACCCAAUAUCCAAGAUGUCCCAUGCACUGUAAAUAGUUUUGCAGGGUUUGACUUUAAGUGUGUUCAUCACUAUCCUUUUGGCAAUGGGUUUCAAAAGAAUUUCAUUUUUAUCCUGACUACAUUUCAUCAUCAAGUGAUUAAAUGCCUUUUCCAGAUGACAUGGGAUCUUCCAUGUUUAUUUAUUCAUUUAUUUAUUUAAUCAUUAUUUAUACACAGUUAAAAAAAAAAAGAAUUGAUCAUCAGGUACAAAAAAUUCCAAAAACAUCCUAAGAACUAAAGAUCAUAAUCCUCACAUUAUAUGAACUAACACCAAUAUGCCACUUAAAAACCUGAUUUCCAUUAAUGCAGUGUCUAAAAAUUAUGAUAGAGAAGGUGUUUAAAUUGGUUUAAUGAACCAGACUCUCUAAUGUUACAGGGUAAGCUAUUCCAAACGGUUGAGCCGCUAUAACUAAAACUAUUUUUCAGGUAGUUAGUUCUUGGAAAUUGGACAACAAGUUUGUUCACUGAGCCCCACAUAGAAUAGUUUGAUUCGUUUCACUCUAUAAAUUUAGACGUGAGAUAUUCGGGAACCAGAUGGUAGAAAGGCUUGCAAACCAUUAAAGUGUUCUGAAUUUGACAUUGAGAUUUUUUAAAAGUCUUUAAUUUCAGCUGAGUUUGUGAGACAAGGAAUCAACAUCUACAUCAUAGUUUGAUGAAGUUAUUACGUGUGCAGCACGGUUUUGUAGUUUUUGUAGCUUGUUAGAUAAUUUUUUGCCACAAUUACCCCAGACUAUGCUAUACAGUAAUCAAAGUGAGAUUGAAGUAGUGAGUUCUAGGUAUUGAGUAGGGUGGAUUGAGGCACAAAUGGCUUAACUCACUUUAAGUCUCCAAUAGCAGUAGCCAUCCUUUUACACAGUUUAUCAAGGUGGGAAUGCCACGUUAAAUUUUCAUCUAUUUAUAUUCCAAGGGAUUUCACAGAGGAAACUUGUCCAAUUGGAACAUUAUCUAUGGAAAGUUUGAUUGUAUCGGAUAGAGUACUUAAUCUUUGCCUAGAGCAGAUCAACAUAAAUUCAGUUUUUCUAGUAUUCAAAGUGAGUCUGUUAGACACAAGCCAUUUGCUUAGCUUUUCAAGGUUGUGAGAUAGACCAGACUGGAUCAAAUGUAAAUCAGAGCAAGCAUAAGUGAUGUGGGUGUCAUCAGCAUACAUUCUAAGUACACUGAACGAUAGACAGUUAGGAAAAUGGUUAAUAUAAAUUAGAGUUAAAAGAGGGCCAAGGAUCGUUCCCUGUGGCACACCACAUUUAAGAUUGGUGAAGUCAGAGAGACAAUUGUUAACUGAGCACUGUUGUGAGUGAUUCCUCAAAUAUGAUUUAAACCAAUCAAGAGUUUUCCUUGAAUACCACAUUGAUUCAUUUUAGUGAGUAUUACCUCAUGAUCAACAGUGUUGAAUCCCUCUUUUAAGUUGAGAAACACCACAGCAUUGUUGUAACCAUGAUUGAUAUUAAAUGCUCAACGGUCAGUGGCUUCAAUUAAGAAGAGCAGUAACAGUUGAUUGUAAAGACCUGAAACUAGAUUGUGGUUUAGAGAUGAUUUCUUCACUAUUUAUGAGGUUCAUAAACUGAUCAUACACAAUCCUUUCAAACACUUUGGUGACUAUGGAAAUGACUGAGAUAGGUCAGUAAUUGUUUUUAUGUUGGUAUCAUUUAGCUCAGUAGAGUGCUUAAAUUUGGCAUACAUCGUAAGGUUUCCACUAUUUUACUGCUGAUGUCAUUGAUGACAUCAGGGGGAGGGAGGUUUUUUUUUUUUUCAGCUUUUUGCUUCUUCAGUAGGUUUCUGUAUUUCCUCAUCCUAUAGCCAUUUCCUGUCCCAGAUUCCAAGUUUAAGUGACUCUAAAUAUAGAAAAAAAAUGUGUAUUCCUGGCCAACUUAAAUGUUAAUUGAAGUAUUUUAGGUGUUAAACAACCACUGCAUUUCACUUACUUUUGGGACAUGAUGCAUUCUCAAAGCCUUGUAGUGCUUAACACUUUGAAUAUUUUGGCCCAUAGAGAUAACCCCCACCUUGAUGUUGUCCCUGUUAACUCUGGAAGAUUCUAGUCAGUUAAGAUGUCUAUUAUGGACUCAGGAAAAACCCAAUAGCUCCAUUCAAUUUUAAAAAUCUUAGAGGAGGCAGCUGUUUGCACAUAUUUAUAAGGCCAAACACAUGAUAAUGGUCUUCCAACUUAAUGCAGCCUGUAAUAUCUAGCGCUGAGGGUGUUUAGCUGUCACUAUAUCUGAUUGAAAGGCCAGUGUAUCCUUUAAUUAUAAUUUCAUGUAGGAUCAAUUCCUUUCCCAUCAUCUCCUGUAGUUUCUUAAUAAACAUCAGCAUCUCUUGAUGGUCUGGAAGAUAGUUCUUUGGUAAUGUCAAACAAGCUCAAAUCUUGUGUUACCUAUUACCAGGAACUACUUAGCGGGAAUUUAAGCCACCUUCUUGCUCCCAAGUAUUUCCCACCCAAUGUUCUGGGUACUGCCUGUUUUGCAUUUUCACCAAAACUAAGACUGGACCAUGUUGUAUAAACAUUUCAUCAGCCUGUUUGCCUCAUAUCAGCUAUGGCUGAUUUCACUUUAGUUUUAAGGACCAACCUAAAUUAUCUUGCCAUAAGUUUUGGGAACACUUUUUCACAAUCUCCUCUUUAGGGGAGUAAAGUGUGUUCAUAGAGCUCUGAUGAAAUGACUCCACCUCAUUGUACAUGUAAUGCCUGCGACAGGUUGAGGAUGUUUUUAAUUUAUGCUGCGUGAUAACUCUCUAUUGGGAAGUAGCAAAAUGUUUCAGCACAAGUUGUUAACAGUGGUCUCUGUACAAUCUUUUCUUAAUGCAGGAAAUAAUUUAAUUUCUUUGCAUUUGACUUGGGCUUAAGAACCGUUUAUUUUUGGGUAUGAUUCUUCAAAAUGCAAAGGAAAAGUCAGAAACUCUCCCUUCUGCAAACUCCCUUUGCAGAACAAUCAUGGUGAGCAAUCAAGUUAUGUAAUGUUUGAUAAAAGAACAAUCAUUACAUGGAGUUUAGUAAGUUCUCCUUUUAACUUUAGGUAAUGGCAAGCAGCAUUCAGCAUGCCACUGGUGUAUUCUUUUUAUCCCAAAGCAUUCAUGGUUUCUCUUUCAUCAAAAUUUCAAUUCUCUGGGUUGGGGAUGCUUUAGUAGAUCCUCUUUCAGGCUAAGUUCCAAGUGAGGUGUGGCUUGAUUGGCUCUGUUCCUAUUUGUUUGUGCAGCAGCAAAAGUUUUAUCAAGAAAAUUGGGAGUAGCUUUAAAGCCGGGGUCCUUAGUUUAAUGAGUGACUUCCUGAAUUAUCCCUUAAUUCCCUAGGUUGAUUAUUUUAUUGUAACUGGGUAAAUUUUAGAACUCAGUCCAAGUAAGAUUUGCUACACCAUAUGAGGAAUGAUAUAAUUUCUUUUACCUUUCAGAGGCAUUACUUAUAAACCUCUCUUUAGGAAGAAAAUAUUUCAUUGAAGGAUCCAAUGCCACCAUAAUCUGUAAAGCUUCUGGGAAACCACCACCUUAUGUAGCAUGGAUUAGAAAUGGAGUAUGGAAAAGUUCAGGGAAGGAAGCUAUAUCUUUGGAGUUCAAUAAUAUAAACAGAACAGAUGCAGGACAAUAUACAUGUCAAGCCAAUAACUCAAUGGAAGUCACUUCCAUUAACACAACAAUUGUAGUUCACUGUAAGUAUAUUUUAACCUUAAUUUUCUAUAUCUGAAUUUAAUUUAAGUUUACAGUGCGACUCCUGUUAUUAGGGUCAGUUACACAAAACUGACAAAUCUGUCCAAAAGUGCAAGAAAACUGAAUUCCACAUCAAAUCCUUUUUGGCUUUGUAUGCAUUGGUCCUAAGUACUGGUUGGGACACUUGAAUUUCAGUGGAAUAAUUACUCACAUUAUUUUGCUUAGGAGGACAUGAAAAUGUUUUACCAAGUUGUUGCUUCAGUUGGAUUGUGUUAAACUCAGAAAAUGGCUUAAGGCCAUUUCUGAGUCAUUGUGACAACCUAAAAUUCACUCCAUUUGACUAGUGCACAAGGCUAGUACAAAGGGCCUUGGUUGAAGCUUGAUGGAAAUCUGAGAACUGGCCAAAAUUCCAAGCGUCAGCUGAUGAAUUGCACAUUUCAGUGUUUCACUGACAGCUGAGAUAAGUAGAUAAAAGCAAAAAAGUGGCUAAAACUAAAACCACAUGCUGAAGAUUUGUGCACAUAUUUGCAUGUGUGGCAUUCAAAAAGAUAUACUAUUUAGGGGCAAGAAUCCAUUUUAUAAUUCAUAAUUUGAAGGCCUAAUGCCACCUUAUACUAAAUACUCGAGUGCUAAAUAAUACAAAAGUGAUGGACUCUACUACUGAGUGAUUACAACCUUCACUUUUUUCCAUCUAAAAACUGGGAAAGGAAAGACAAAUGCUGUGCUUUGAUAAUUGAUUUCCGUGACUUGCUGGUUUGGGAGGUAGUUUGUAGAGUUGAAUUGAGAAUUAGUUAUGAGUUAAGAAGGCAUUUUUGUAUGUCACCCUUUCAAUUCAUGGAAACAAGGCACAGCCAUUUAACCACUGGUAGUGCCAAAACUAUUCACUUGUUAUGACAGAAACCUUCAGUUAUAGUUACAUCUUAACAACAUUUAUCCCAAUCAUACUCAGGAUGUGCAAAUUGAGGUCAUGUGACCUACCAUAUGACCCUGGAGGAGUCAAAAUAGCCUUCUAAAACUGUUAUAAGAAUAUCUAUACAUCUUCUAUGGCAUAAAUUUAUGAAAUAUCCCUUAUUAUUUUGCUAUUAUCUAUGAAAGGGUUGCCCAGUCCACAGUUUCAGCCAAAUGUUUGUUUAUUAAGCUUAAAGCAAUGAGAUAAAUAUCAUUUUCACCCAAUUUACGAUUUGACAUGAAAAAGAAGGGCAGUCAGGUUACCACUGUUUGUGGCCAUUUUUAUGUUUUUGUGAAAAAAAACUUCUGACUAUAUCAUUAGCUCUUAAUGGCAAGAAGCCAGGUGUGCUCAACUUCUACAAAUUGUGUCACAUCACCAAGCAUGUGACCUCCAAGGGGCCUAAAUCUGCCCUCUUGCCCUAAAGUGAAAUCAUGCUUAUGUCAUCCUUCCAAAUCUUGUAUUUACACUACCUCUUACCUUGGAGCGAUACAUAUUACAACUAAAAACACAAUAUCAUAACUUAUUAUGGUCUGUUGAGCUUUUCCAUCGUUAAUCGACUGAAAGCUAUCCUCUUAAGUAUAGAUGCCUCAUAUGUCAACUAUUUAACAGUUCCUCUUCAAAGAUACUCUCUUCACAGCUUUUUUCUGAGUCACUGAGAACGUUUACUGGUGCUAGUGCUUUUGUGAUUGGCUGUGGUACAAGAAGCUCCCCGUUCUUCGUCCAUCCAUGACCCUCCGUUGAUUUAAGAUCCUGCAUAGCUUCAAGGGCAUGACUCCACAUGAAGGCUUUGUAGUUUGAUUGCUUCAGAUGUUGAAGUAGACAAUCAGUUGUUGGUGGAAGCAUUUCGUUUUUUUUGCUUAUUCUGGCAGAACAUGUGAUAACAUAAUUCAUCUGCAAUGCUUGUCUUUUUGCAGUCAAGUAAACGCUGUAAACAAAGGUUUCACUUUUGCCAAAUCUGCAGAAAGCAACCAACAGGAAAUUGCAUUGGUUUACCUAGAGUCAAAAACAUAGCAUUCAUGUUUAAGAAUAAACAUACAUCAAAUGCAACAAAUGUUGAUUGCUACAACUCUAAAUUUCUGGUAAUGAAACUUUAAUAAACCAAUGGUGGAAAUAAAACAUGCUGAACUAAAAAAUUAAAGCCAUACCUUUUUUUUGGAUUUGCAAGAUACUUUCUCCAUUGUCUUGGUACUGGAGUGGCAAGACCUCUGAUUUGCAUUUUGAGGCCAAUGAAUGUUCCCCUUUGCUGACGCCCUCCUUUCAUGAAGUUGCUCAGUAUUGGUUAAAGACCAUGUGGACUUGCAGACAGUUGCUAGAAAAGAGGGGGGAACUGACGAUGUUGAAAUAUUUUUGUAAGAAUUCACCAAAGGUAUCUGCUCCAGAAGAUUUUGUCAACUGUAGAACUGCCAUGCCAUUGAUAACAACAACCUGUGGAUUUGUCAAUGCUGUAAGUUGCUGAACUACAUGAAUGUCUUUCUAUAGAAGAGAGCAUAGUGUGCUCUUAACACCUUUUCUAAGACUUCCAUUAGUGAGUGAAUAUGGGAUUGAAGACAGGUCAAAGCUCAGCACAUCUUUCAGGCAGAUUGGAUGGGAUGAAGAGCUUGACAAACAAGUCCUUGUCGACAUUAACAGUAAUUAGCUUAUUGCUGGAUUUGACUCCAACCUUGUUUGCACUGCUGAACCUUGGAUCUUGAUGUUUGGAAUUGGCUCCGAGAAACCCUAACAGGGAAAGAAAAUAUAAAGCCGUGUGGUAUAUAAAGCUUAAAUUGCUAAGUGGAAAACUGUGGGUUUGAGUCAAUGAAUUUAUAUCACCAGAUGUAAAUUGUCAACUUCUGCUUAAAUAAAUUCUUCAUUUCUUCAGUUUGUAAGCCAUAUGAUAAAGCCAAUGAGAUCAUUCUGUUUCGCUAUGACACGAAAUUACUGAAAUUAUCGUCAUAAUUAUUAUGAAGUGACGUAAAAAUCUGUUAUUAGUAAGACAAAAUUAAAUGACUACUAGUCGCGGAAUUUGAGACACCAACGGGUAUGUAUACGUUACUUUAUGUGCUUGAUUAUCCUGACAAUCUUUCUGACAGAAACAUAUAUAUUUCCACUAGAUUUCGAAUAGACUUGAACUUGUGCAGAGAUAAAUAACAGGAAGAAUAAAGUGUACAUUAUUUGGAACCUUGGUAUUUGGCGGCUAGCAGUUCACAUUCAACUUUCUUCACUGAGCCUGUGGCAAAUAGUUGCUUUAGUAUUUUUGCUGGAGUGCUUUCAAAUUAUGUUGUAAAUUUGUUUUGUAAAUUAAAAAUUGUACAUUCUGCUACGAUAGUUUGGAUUACUUGUAUUCUGAUAAGCAGCCAUUUUUUAUUUAUAUAUUUAUAUUUGAAAUAUUGUGUAGGAGAACGUUGCCUCUAUUUAAAAUUUACUCUCCGAGAGUUUCGUAAUUUUUUUCCUGAUGAUCAUGUGUUAACAUCUUACUGCAAUACACACGGCUGGAACUUGAUACUCACCAUUUGUGGAGGUCAUCUUGGUAGCUGGAAUUACAAAUGAGGGAGGUCAGCUCUAUUUCGAUCUAAUGGCGUACUAUUAAUUGAGUAGUAAGUUCUGAUAAUUAAUUGUAACCCUAAUGUUUUGAAUUAAAGACUGUCGCUGUUAAUUGGCUGCUAACAAAAAUUGACUGUAGUUUCAAUCUUCGCCGUGUUUACAUCUUUCAUUCUGGGAUGACUGACUCAUCUACUGCGAUAGGAAAAAUGUACACGUGGUAAGCCAACUGGUUUAUGAAUCCAUCUCAGUGCUCUGAACUUCUCCAUCAAGGGAUUUUAUUGGGAACUAGUAGAAAUUUUGAAAUUGUAACCUUGAGCUUCCAAAUAGGUAUAUUGUUUAAGAUCAAUUUGACCAAAUUUAAUUUUGCACCCAAAAGGAAACUGCACCAAAAAGUCUAACUGCUUAUGCAACACAAGUAUAUUUAAAUUUGAUGGCAAGCAAGUUUGUUUUACAGUGCAAGCACUUGAGGGACUUUAACGCAAAACUUAACGGUGAUGACAACAAGGACAUCGCAAAACAAAAGCUGUAAUGGGCAGAAUAACAGUUCAGCACAUGCCUUUUAAAACUUUGUACAUUUCUUAGCUAUCUUCUGACAAACAACAGAGUGAAAUCACAAAAAUUUGCAUUGUCUGUGAAUGAAAUAAUCUGCUUCCGUCUGGAACCCAACGUGGCUCACAUACAUUAUGCUGAAUUUAAAGUGAGACAUCAUAAGAAACCGUGAACACAUUCAGCCAUUCAUGUGUGAAAUUCCAACUAAAAAUCUAAAUUCCUUUUUAAUUGACAUUUACCACAGCAUUGCCAACUGCCAAAGGUCCAUAGUACUGACAACAAACACUCUCAUGAGUUUUUGGAGUUGGUUGACAAGUUCCACACUCACGCCUUUGAUAAUUUUAUACAAAACACCCUCAGAAGCUCAGGUUUUAAAAAUUUCUGUUGUAUUCUUUUAGAUUGUACCCUUGCUUUAUUGUAUUUUCAUUCAAAUAAAUUUCACAGUAAAUUAAACACCAGUUUGAGUCUCCGAGGAGGUCGCAACGCUGUCAACAUAAUAAUUUUUCCAAGCCCUGAAUAGGCGAGGAAAAAUACAAGCAACGAACAAGAUUUCCGCUCGUGUUAUGUGUUGAACCAUCGAAUGAAAGAUUUAUUAUUCCACUAUUAUUUUCAGUUUUUAGUAUUUUAACUUUUAGUGUGCGAAUUACAUCCUAUGGCUUUAUCUGUGCAUCGUAUCCAUUGCAUAAGAUGUGCGCGAAAGAUGGAAAAACCAGAACUAAAGCAUUCAAAUGUCCUUUGUGUUCCUUUGUGCUUAAAAGUUCCCUUCUUUAAAAGUCAAAUGUAAAAAACGAAAAAAAAAACAAUGUUUGGAUCGUUCAGUGCCGCCAAUAUGUUGCGACGUAUUUUUGCCUUGUUUUAAAAUGUAAUACUGUGGCAUAUUUUGCCUUCCUCAUUACUUUCUUUGGUAAAAUGACACAGUAGUGGAAUGAUAAAGCUCGUUAAUGUUCUGAUUCAUAUGAAGUAUCACCAAUUAGUUAUUCAAUUGCUUAUUGCAUUUGUAUUCAUUCUUAGACCCGUCCACAAUUCAAAAUGUCACCACGUCAUCUAAGAAGUCUUGGAUUGGCCAGACAGUGACUUUGAAGUGUCUUUCUGAUGGUGUUCCUACACCAACACUCUCUUGGUACAAACCUGAAGGAAGUGAAAUAAAUAGAGUCACAGCCAGAGAAAACAAAGUACAAGUGCCACUCAGGGGUGAUCAAGAUUUUGGUGAUUACAAGUGCAUUGCUGCCAAUGGACUUCCUCCAUCUGAUGAGAAAUUAAUAAAGAUAAAUCAGAUAAGUAAGUAAAAAAGAUCAGUGUAUUGUGAUAAGAAGAAAACUAUAUAUAAGGUCAGCAUUUUCUUUUGCCAUUGCUCAUUAUCACAGUUUCAGUUGCAGUAGAAGUAAAUACCAAAUGUUCUUACAAAGUAUUGGACAGAGUAACUUAUUCACUUUGUACAUCUCAUUCGAUAGUUUAACAUGCAAUACGUGCGGAUAUUUUGCAAGGCUUAUAGGCGUGUGGAAAAAAAUAAGCUUAUGUUAAACAAUCGAGUGAGGGAUUUAUCAUUCUACUAUUCUUUCAUUUACUAACAAUUUGGCCGCCUAGAUUUCGACAAACAUCCUGCGGCCUUAUCUGAGCGUUCCGUUCGCAUUUUUCUCCUCUUUAGCUGAGUUUGACCUACACAUAUUUUUCGCGUUCGUUACCCAAUGAGGUAUAACGGCGUAAUAGUGGAAUUAUGCCAGAUAUUGUUGGCCUGAUCUUUUAGUGGGAAAUACACCCAAAUUUAUAAAAAAAAGGUUUAAAGUAAACUGUCGACACCUUGCCCUUUAGUAGCAUUCAACACGUCACAAAGAGCAUUGAACUUCAGGCAGAUUGAUGACAUCUUCCCAUGCGGGUAUCUAUAGGAAACUUCCUCAACCAUGGACUAUACAUUUUUUCACUUUUUAUGAGUCUCUUGGCUGAAUGUAUCCGGUAGCUACAUUUAUAUUCAUUAAUUACAUGUUAACGCACUCAACGAAUGAACUAUGGGGUUUACCUGCACGAGUUCACGGACUAUUACACCACGAUAAUGACAUCAAGGAGGUUGUUUCGUCACAACCCAGUAUCACGUGGUAAAAUCAUCUAAUCAGAAAAUCGGAAUUCGAACAGUGUAUGAAAGUUGAAUAAUAAACUGUGAGAAGACGUGGACUUGCAUUCAUCCCUAGUGUUGUGACAAAACUCAAAAUAAUCUCUUUUCUUAUGGCACUAUGUAGAGAAACCAGGGAAAGCAUCCAUCAAAUCAGAAUCAGUCAUUCAAGCAACUUCUAUAACAAUUCAAUGGACUGCACCAGCUGAUGAUGGAGGAAGUCAGAUUACAGGAUUCCAAAUGAUCUUACAAAAGGAUGGAACUGAGAUAAAAAAGGUUAAUAUCACCGAUCCUGGGACGACAAGUUAUUCGUUUCCUGGUUUGGAGAAAAAUACCAACUACACAGUGAAACUUUUUUCCAGAAAUUUUGUAUUCGAGGGAGAUCCUACUGUAUGGAACAUUAAGACCAAGUUUGAAGGUGAGGAAUCAAAAGUGAUAUCGUGACUGAGCACUUUGCACCAAUCAUUUUUUUGCAAACUUAGAUUUGUUGUGAGUAACCCAGUUUUAACAACGUUAUCUGCUUGCUGCAUUAUAAGAUUUUGGAUUUUCAGCGUUUGUCCCCUCCUUAGUGGCCAGUUUCCUUUCCCUUUGUGAUAAUUGUUUUAGAGAUACCUACGUUUGAAGAAGCAUAAUAAUAAUAAACAAUGAAAAACCAAUGAUCGUAGGUGAGAACAAUAGACAACCUACGCGGUUACGUUCCGUAAAUGUUACCUGAUUUAUCAAGUAUUGUUUGCCUUGUCGUUUUUUUUUUUUUUAAUUUUCUGAUGUUCACGUUUCAAAAUCUGCUAUAUGAAUCAGCCACAACAACAGCCGCUACAUAGGGACCUUUAGGUUAGUUGGGUACAUUUUUCCUAAACUCUUACUGACCAUAUUCAGAACGCCCGAUAACCAACUAUCCCUUUAGGCAGUGAGACAAUUUCCACACAUCGUUUGACCAAAGAAUUGAAGUUUGAAGAAAUGGGCCUUUCAUGAAUGUCGCUUCUAAUAUGCAAAUAUUAUGGAGAAAUCUCGUCAAACAGUGUGUGGACGGCCUCGAAGAAUCCUUCGUAUAUUUUCUUUAAGAUGAGAAAUAGCUUAUUUUCAUUUUGCAGGGAUAAGCCCAAACCAAAACGAUUAAGGUUGCCGUUUUCAAGAAAGUUUCUUUCGAAUCUCAUCCGGCACAUAUCUCACUCAACAAAAAAACUAUUGUGGUAACAGGUGUGAACUUAGUAACUGAAUUUGAGCAGCCGUAAUAUGGCAAUGAAGUUCGUCGCACCUGUUAUCGCUUGAGCGCUUCUUGUCAUUGCCUCCUCGGUUGGCAAACCACCUGAAGAAAAAAGCUUGAUGUCUCGGCGGAAAAACCCGCGCCAGCUUAUAUUUGCAGAAGAAGAAUCGUAGGCCUGUACUUAAUCAUGCGCGAUGUCAAACUUUUCAAAAACGGAAAGUAGUUGCACACGAACUGAGAUCCUUUCUGUAACUACGUGACAUAAACGAACGGUGAAUUGUGACGUCAUCUAUGCAUCGGUCCUUCAUUAGAUCACGUGUAAAUAGCAAUUACAAUGCCAGUAGAAGUCAGUGUAUCGUUCAAAUUCACCUUAUAAAUGCAGUAUUUGUUUUAGACAAUAACCGACCAUCAUUUUAGGCUUCUCAUUAUCACUUUUUGUCCUUUCAAAUUAUUUUGAAUUCAUCUCAAUACUUAACUUAAUUUGGUUGCCAUACACUUUCGUCUCAGAAAUAUCCCAAACAAAUCCUUGACCAGUUUACAGAUUAGUUAAUCACUGAUAAUGGUUCUGACCAGGUUUGUAACAAGAAGUUAUAUAAUUAUUAGAAAUUUCACGCUGUUCGUGUCGUUGACAUCAAUCUAGGAGCCCCAGAUGUGGUCGAAAUAGACGGACUGCCAGAUAAAACAACAGACGAUACAAUUACCCUAAAGUGGAAGGAGCCAGAAAGUAAUGGGAAAGUUAUAACCAUGUACACAGUGUACCAAAGAGUAGUAACUGAUGGGAAAGUGGGACAUUGGAUAGAAGUAAGGAAAAUCAGAGAUGUUUCUGUGAGAGAAUUGAAAAUAGCGUUGGAGAGAGGAAAAGUGUAUCAGUUUGCCAUUACUGCAACUAAUGAGUUUGGUGAAAGCCUGAAACAAGAGAGAGCAAACAUCCAGCAAGUCAAGGCAGAAGGAAGUAUGUUCAAAUGA